GUGCGCGUCUCGGCGAGCUCCGUCAUCUACGACUUCGUACAACAGCCCAUCCCUGACCAAAUUGCUGGCUGAGCACACCAAUCGCCUGUGCUCGAUGAAUCUAUGAUCAGCAAUUUUACAAGAUCUUUGCUCAUGGCCAUGCGUGCAAUUGGUGAUACUGGUCGUGGAAUAUUACUCUGCUUCGCCGGCCCCUCCGAUAAGAGACCUGUAGAAGUACUGAUAUAAAGAAACUGUGUUCCCUUCUUCUCCUUCCCUCGUACCUAGCACGUACCAUUGAACUCACAGCAGGCGAACCAAGCUCAGGUAGCAGCUCAACCCUCCAGACCUUCCACAUCGACGACUCAAGCAUCCCUACUCAAGAUGGCCAAACUCUCCGCAGCUCGCUAUGGCAAAGACAACAUUCGCCUGUACAAGGUCGAGAGGGACGAAGCUACCAAGACGCACACCGUCUACGAGAUGACCGUCUGCGUUUUGCUGGAAGGAGAGAUCGAUGUUUCAUACACCAAAGCUGACAACAGUGUCGUCGUUGCAACCGACUCAAUGAAGAACACCACCUACAUCAUGGCGAAGCAGAAUCCGGUUCACCCUCCAGAACUCUUCGCAUCCACUCUCGGCACUCACUUCGUCAACACCUACAAGCACAUUCACACUGCUCACAUUACCAUCGUCCAACACAGAUGGACCCGCAUGACCAUUGACGGAAAGCCUCAUCCGCACUCCUUCUUUCGUGAUGGGAAUGAGAAGAGACUGGUACAAGCAGACAUUAUUGAGGGCAAGGGCAUUGAGAUCAAGUCGGGCAUCUCUGACCUCUUGGUGCUCAAGAGUACUGGCUCCGAGUUUCACCACUUUGUCCGUGACGAUUUCACCACCCUGCCCGAGGUCUGGGAUCGUAUUCUCAGCACAUCAGUCGAUGCUAACUGGAAGUGGUCCACAUUCGCUGGCCUGGAUGCCGUAAAGAAGCAUGUCGCCAAAUUUGACGAAACCUGGACCAAGGCUCGAGAGAUCACUUUCCGCCUCUUCGCGCUCGAGGAGAGCCCUAGCGUGCAAAACACUAUGUACAAGAUGUGCGAACAGAUCCUGGCUGCUCAGCCAUUGGUCCAAGCGGUCGACUAUUCGCUCCCCAACAAGCACUAUUUCGAAAUCGAUCUCAGUUGGCAUCACGGCUUGAGGAACACCGGCAAGGAUGCCGAAGUCUACGCGCCUCAAUCAGACCCCAAUGGUCUCAUCAAGUGCACUGUGACCCGGGACGACACCGCGUUGUCCUCCAAACUGUAGACAACCCUUGCUAGAGCUUUUUCGGCAUCGGAGUUCUGGUGUUGGAGUCAUUCGAGGGGUAUCGCUGGAUAACAAUAAAUAGUCUGUACAUAUACCCACAAUGAUACACGUAUACAUUGGCGCCCUUGCAAACUCUGGCAUGCCUUUGCUGAGAAACACCUCAAAAAUGCAGCCACAUUAUCCAU